UUCAUUCUCUUCCUUUGUCUUCUUUGUUUUUUUAUUUUUCUCUCUUGCACGCACACACACACACACACACAUGUGUAUAAUAUGCUUCUCCUGUUAAUCUUAAUACGGCAGAAUUAUAACUUAUUAUUCCAUUCAAAAAUUGCAGUCAUUUCCUGUUUAAAAUUCUAAUUAAUACAACGACUUGAUCGGCGUACGACAAUAAAAUAAGUUUAACCCAUGCAUAGGAAGUUAUAAAUGUUUAUUCGAGCUGCUUUUAUAUUGACUUUUCAAAAGUAACAUCAUAUUUAAGUGUUUUCUUUGUGUAAUGCUGUUUUAUUAAAUUAUUAAUCUUUACUUUAAUUUGCUUUAGUAAACAAAAUGACAAUUGAUCCAACCAAAUCGAUUCCUGCAUUUUACGCUGGACAAAGUAUACUUUUGACAGGUCCGACAGGAUUUCUGGGUAAGGUGUUUAUUGAAAAGAUACUACGAUCUUGUCCGGAUGUUCAUGAAAUAUUUUUGUUGAUGCGACCAAAAAAAGAAUUAAAUAUUAAUAAAAGGCUCGAAAAAAUUUUAAAUUUACCGUUAUUUGACAAAUUGCGUGAAGAGCAACCUUCAAAUUUUGAAAAAUUAGUUCCAAUUUCUGGCGAUGUUAACGAGAAGGGAUUAAAUUUGUCAGCUGUAGACAGGCAAAUGCUAAUUGAAAAAGUGACUAUAAUAAUCCACGCAGCAGCGAAUGUGAAAUUUGAUAGUAAUUUUAAAGAUGCUAUAUUCGCUAAUACAAGAGCAACAAGAGACAUCUGUAUUUUAGCUCAAAGUGUAAAGAAUUUAAAAGCUUUAGUAUACGUUAGUACAGCAUUUACACACGUAAACGAACCAUUUUUAGAAGAAAAAUUGUAUCCACCAAUAGCUGACUGGCAAAAAAUAAUUGAAGUGACUGAAACAUUGGAUGAGCAUACUUUAAACGUUUUUACGGCUAAAUGUUUGGAUUACUCUCCCAACACGUAUAUUUUUUCAAAAAACCUAUCGGAAAGCAUAAUACAAGAUUAUUCUUCCUUUAUUCCUUGCGCGAUUGUAAGACCUUCCAUUGUGAUGCCAACAUUAGAAGAACCAUUUCCAGGAUGGCUAGAUAAUAUUUAUGGUCCAAUAGGACUUUUCAUUGGUGGCGGAAAAGGAAUAAUUCGAGUAGCUUGUUUGAAUGCAUCUGUUAAUGAAGAAGCAGUACCAGUAGAUAUCGUUAUGAAAGCUGUAAUAAUCGCAGCUUGGAAACUAGGAUUAACAACCUCUGAAAAAGAUUCUACCGUUUUUGUUUUAAACUGCACAAGUCAGAAACUGCUGACGUAUAAAGAUAGCAUAAAGUUAUUAUUCAGUGUUAACAAUGAGGUGCCUGUGGAAGGAAUUGUCUGGACUCCUCAUACAAUAUUGACUGAGAGCUUUGUUUUAUUCUAUAUACUAACAAUAUUAUUGCAUAUUCUACCAGCUAUAUUAAUAGAUCUGAUUUUAAAAUUUUCUGGACGCCGACCUAUGCUACUACGACUGCAGAGAAAAGUAUAUGUGGUUAAUUGCGCUGUAAGUUAUUUUUCAUUCCAUGAAUGGAAAUACAGCAAUGCAAAUAGAUUAGCUUUAACAUCCACUAUACCUCCUUGUAAUCAGGAUAUGUUUUUUCUCGAUUAUUCUUCUCAUGAUGUGAGAGAGUAUGUUAUGAAUAGUGCUAUUGGUGCCAAAAAAUUUCUUCUUCACGAAGAUAUGAAUCGAUUGGACGUAGCAAGAGCACAUUUAAAAAGAGUAUAUGUAUUCGUCACAGUACUGAAAACUGUCAUCUAUGUUGUUGUAUUGUGGUUAAUGUAUAAGUGGCUAAAUUCUUAUAUGUUAUAAAAUUGCUCAUUUAUUUACGUUUAACAAAUGGUAAUGUAUAAUGGCCAUACAGAGAAUACGGGCAAUGGCUAUAAUUUUUACAAUAAUUGCUAACUAAUGUAUUCUUGUAAUUUUUUCCAAGAUAAUCGAUUUACUGUAGUUUAUGAGUGUAUACUAUUUGGAAUAACAAUAUUGUAGAUGUUAUAUCGCA